AUGCUUCCUAGCCAAAGCCCGAUCUGCACAACAGCUUUUCAGCUGUUGAGUGUCACAGCGUUCCUACGUUGCCUCAAGUUGGAGCAUUGCCCAGCUGUUAGCGAAGGACCUCUGCUGCUGUUCUUGGCACACUGUGUGAACUUGGAGGUGCUGUCAUUGCGACGGAACGUCCAGGUCGGAAUCAGCACAUUCACAGAAGCACUGUUUUCCAUGCCAACUCUGCGUGUGUUGCUGAUGGGGGGCACUGGGAUGGAAGAUGGUGCAUGUGCGUGUGAUACAUGGACAAAGCCAAUGGAAGGGCUGCAGAAUCUGAGGAAAAUUGAAGUGCCGUACAACUGCAUGAAAAUCACCGCAUGGUUAGGAUGCCAUUUUGUUCCGUGGGUGGAGAUCACGCACUCAUGUGGAGGGGAUUGA